UUUUUUUUUUUUGUUUUUUCCCGCUUUUUUUUACUUUUUUAAUAAUGGUAUUUACACCAUUAUCUUUUAAAGACAAUAAUACGGGAUUACUAAGCUCCUCGCCCAAGUCAAUUAACAACAAUAAUAAUCAUUUAUUUAGUUUAUAUGAUGAAUCCUCUUCAACUCGUCGUCGAGGAUCAGUCCAGGACUUAUCUUCUUCGCCAACAAAUAUACAGCGUAGAUUUAUUGAUUCUCCUCGAAUGUAAGUGAUAUUUUAUCAUUAACUCAGGUCUUAUUUAUCAAUAUAUCUCUUUCUUUAAAAGUAUUGGAAAUAGUAUCAAUUCACAUUCGAGGCAGAGUAGUAUUGGUCAAAAUCAAAUGUUUGAUUCAUCUGAACAAAAGCAAUCCUCAUCAAAUGUACUUGAUCCCUUUUCUCUAUUAAAAAUGGCUCCAAAUAUUGUUAAAACAAGAAAAGGAAGUGUAUUAGUAAGAAAUACAAUUCUUAAAAUGGAUCAUUUCCCGAGUGGAACCAGCACAAACCUUGAUUUUCAUCUUCAAGGUGCUCCUAAUUUUCGUGUAGCUGAAUUGAAUGUUCAUGGUGUUGCUCAACCAACCGUAAUUGGACUCUCAACUAUUUUAGCUGUACUCAAUUGUCAUCCAAAAAGCUUAAAUUCAGUAUCAUGUACAUGGUUUUCAACUCGUGAAGAACCUUUAGUUUAUUUGAAUGGAAUACCUUAUGUACUACGUGAUUAUGCAAAUCCAAUGCAAAAUAUGAGCACUUUCUUGGGUAUCAAUUCUGUACGUCUUGAGAAAGUUGAAGAGAGACUUAAAUUGGAUGUUCUGAAGGAGGCAGGAUCUUUAGGAGGUUUACUUUUAGUUCAUCAAGAAUUGCCGGAUAGAACAGUCAUACCCUGCUAUAUUGCAGCUGAUCAAGUUCAAACACCAAAAGAAGUUUUUGAGUCAUUUCAAGCAAAAGGAUACAGGUUAAAAUAUUUUCGUAUUCCAAUUUCACCUGAACAAGCACCUGAGGAUAACUAUUUUGAUGAAUACAUCAAUGUCAUUCGCUCCUUAGAACCAGAUGAUCCACUGAUUUUCAAUUGCGGUAUAGGUGCUGUAAGAACUACUGUGGGUAUUAUUAUUGCUCAGAUCAUUCGACGAGCACAAUUAAUUGAAAGAGGGAAGCCAGACCCAUUUUUGAUUCCUGGCUGGAAUUAUUUUAACUAUUCUGCAGCAAAUAGUUCUUUGGAAAACUCUCCUUCUCUUCCAGAUGAAGUAAAUAUAAAUCCAUUUGUUGUGAAAAGUUUAGAAGAUGCAGAUAAUGUCAAUGCAAAAAACAAUGCUCUUUUGAGAGUCAUCCUUUUACUCCAGAAUGUUUUGGAUACAAAGUUGUCUUCUAAAUCUGCUAUAGAAUGGGCUUUAGAGGAGGGUUCAUUAAUUGAAAAUCUUAAGGAAGCUAUUAUGGGUAAUUAUCAAUCUAUUAUUGCUUUAACGACAGUAAUAGAGCAUGGUAUAUUUAGUAAAAAGAUUUUGGAUACUGUUAUUGAUAGAUCUGAUGCGGUGGUAAAUCUAAGAGAAUCGAUUUUAACAAAUCGUAUACGUCAUACAAUGCAGACAGCUGAUUAUAAAAACAAUCAUUAUAAUAAAAGCAGCAGUAAUAGUAAUAACAGUAAUAGUAAUGGAAAGAAUAUGCACUAUUUAAAUAAAGCGUUAGCUGGUCUUCAACGCUACUUCUUUUUGUUAUGCUUUACAGCCUAUAUAAAUGAAUCACCCAAUAUAAAACUCAAAAGUCAACGAUUUUCUUCUUGGGUUCGUUGUCGUCCUGAAAUUUGGGCUAUGUUGCAAAACAUGCGUAGAAAGGGCCCUCGAUUUUACUUUUUUCGUCCAGUUGAUGAUCUACACUUUCUACUGUCUGGUCGUCAGCAUCAAGACACCAAGAUGAGGGAAGGAUUUGGAUAUGAUGAUGACAAUACUAUGAGUGGUCCAAAAGGACAUCAUACUGUUACUCAUCGUGGCAUGUUUGAUAUGACAGGGGCUGGCUCACAAACCACUAGUGGGAUUAGUACUGAAAUGGAAGAAUUUGUGAUUAACUCACGUAUAGGUGUCGUUCUUACUUCACACACAAUCCUUAAGGUUGAUUUUUGGCAUUACGGCUAUUUAAUAGAUAACAGAGAGGACACUCAUGGAUCAGAAAAAACAGACAUGGAUCACGAUAAUAAUCAUCAUAUUAGUAAUCAUAAUCAACCACAGAGCCCCAUUGUAGAAAGGCACCAUAAUUUUGUGAUUAUUGAUGGUGCUUCUAAUUUUAGAAGAAUAGACAAUACAAAUGUUUAUGGUGUAGCUCAACCGACCAUCAAUGGGCUACGUCAAGUUAUUCGCAGUUUAUUUAUCAAUAAUAAACAACAAGCAAACCCAUGUGAGCGUAUUUUGUGGAUUAACCUACGUGAAGAGCCUAUUAUCUAUAUUAAUGGUAUCCCAUAUGUACUCCGUGAUCGUGCUUUUACUCUUCGUAAUUUACGUGCCUAUAAAGGUAUUACUGGUCAUCGUAUGGAGCAACUUGAGGAACGAUUAAAAGAAGAUGUAAUACGUGAAGUUAUGCAAUGCGGUGGUUAUAUAUUACUUCAUGGAGAAGAUAGUAAUGGGAAUGUGCUUUCUUCUUGGGAAGAGGUUGAUAUUGAAGAUAUCAUGACUGUACGGCAAGUAAUGGAAUUUGCAGCUACGGAAAUACAGCAGGAACUACAGCAAAUGGAUGUAUCUCUUUCUUCUUCAUCAGAUGAUGAUGACACUCAUUUACAACGUCAAAAGCAAAAGCCAGUUUCUUCUUUGAAGGAAGGUAGUCUCUUGUUAGAAUAUCAUCGUGUGCCUAUAACAGCUGAAAAGGCUCCUGAACGAAGAGAUUUUGAUGACUUGACAUCAUUAAUAACUGGUGUUAAUCUUUCUAAAACUGCUAUUGUGAUGAAUUGUCAAGUUGGAUUAGGUCGAUCUACUACAGGUACAAUUAUUGCUAGUUUAUUGACUCGAUGGAUGAAACCAAGUAAUAUUACUAUAACUUCAACUCAUAAUGAUUUAUUCCACAAGAAGCAGUACCCUAAUUAUCAACUCAUAAAUAGUCUCCUACGUGUUAUUCGACGAGGACUUGAGAAUAAAGGUAUUGUUGAUAAUAUCAUUGAUCUAUGUAGUGUAGGUGGAAGUAACUUGAGGAACACAAUCGAGUUUGCUCGUAUACAGGCAGAAAAAGAAGAAGAUCCUACACAAUUCCGCCGUGUUGUUAAACGAGGUAUCGUGUCUCUUGAACGCUAUUUUAUGUUUAUUUGCUUUCAAGCGUAUCUUGAUAGUACAUCUUCAAAAAAUAUGCUUUGUGAAACCGAAAGUUUCAGUCGUUGGAUGAAACGACAUCCAGAACUUGAUACCAUUCUUCAAGAUCUUUUACAUGCAGCAAAGAAGGAUGAGGAUGAGUUUCGAGCAUUAGUACCAGUUGAGCAAUCUUCAAUGAUUGGAGAUGGUAUGGCGCUCUCAAGUGAAGUUAUGCAGGUUGUUAACAGUCGACAUGGUCAAGUGUUGGCAUUACAAACCAUCUUGAAACAUGAUGCAUUCCCCGGAUGUCAAAAGAUGAGUUUGAAGGAAAAGAUACCUGGUGCUUAUAAUUUUAGACGAGUCGAAGUGAGUCAAGUGAAGCAAUCAGUCAAGUAUGGUAGUCUAGCAGCAACUAUAGGCGGGCUUGCAGCUGAUUUAAUGGAAUGCGAAAAAGAUGGACAAGUAAAGUCAUCACUUACAUUAACUCCUCCAUUUAUUGCAGGCUGCGCAAUGCCCAAUAAAGAUGCAGUCAAAUCUAUCCUAAAGGCUAUGAAAGCUGGUCCUGGAGGUUCUCGUUGGGUCUACUGGACUUGUCUUCGUGAAGAACCAGUUAUAUAUGUUAACAAAAACCCUUAUGUCUUGCGUCUAUUCAUGGAUCCACUUAAAAAUUUGGAGACCACUGGUAUUUCAAAAGAGCGUGUAGAAAGUAUGGAAGAUAGAAUGAAAUUAGAUAUAAUACAGGAGUUAAAUGAAUACAAGGGCCGUAUUUUAUUACAUGAUGAAGAUAAUGAGUUUAACUUAUUGCCAAUGUGGGAAACAGUUCCGGAGCACUUAGUCGAAACGCCUAGUCAAGUUUUUGAGUCCAUUCGAUCUGAAGGCUAUCAAGUUAAUUACAUGAGAAUCCCAAUUACGGAUGAACAGGCACCUAUACCAGAUGUAUUUGAUCAAUUAAUUCACCGUAUGGCUGAAGUAAAUCAGGGAGCAGAUGUUAUAUUUAACUGUCAAAUGGGACGUGGACGUACUACAACUGGAAUGGUUGUUGCUUCGUUGGUAUCAAUGAUUCUAAGCAACGAUGCCAUAGUAAACAUGACUGAUUCAUUCAUAGUUGAUAAUAGUAUUGCACUAGGAACUACUAACACAAAUAUAAUACAUCCAUUUAAUAAUAAUAAUUGUAAUGAUGAUGAAUCCCAUGAAGAAAGAGAAAGAUACGAAAAUGGUGAAUACCGAGUUAUUCUUCAACUUGUAAGUGUCUUGACUUAUGGUAAGUUAGCAAAACGACUUACAGAUCAAGCCAUCAAUAUGUUCGAUCAUAUGCAAAAUCUAAGAAAAGCAAUUUAUGAUUAUAAAUUACGCAUUGAAGCAAUGACAGAUCAAGGAUCUAAAAAAUGGAGAGCAACACGUGAGGUUGCUCUUAACUACCUCGUUCGAUAUUUUUAUUUGAUUGUGUUUGCUAAUUACCUUUUGGAGGAAAUGAGCAAUGGCUUUCCUUCUAUUAUAACAGAAGAUGAUAAUCAGUUUGAUAAAAAUGAAUAUCAUCAUCAGAAUGAUACUCAAAAUAUAAAUGCAUUCGAAGAAGCAAGAAAAUUAAUUACCUUCAAAGAAUGGUUGAAAGGGCGCAGGGAAAUAGUGAAUAUCAUCUCACUGCAGACAUUAGAUUUAUAUUGAACAAGAAAUUUUAUGCAUUAAAAAAAAAAAAAAAAAAAAAAA